UAUGAGGCGAUCUUGAUAGACAGUGAUGAUUUGACAUUAGAAGUAAAUAAAAGCCUGAACCCAGCUCAAUUUUUAUAUGGGGAACCAACAGAUAACUUAAUACAUGAUUGUCUAGAAAUUAUCCAAUACCAGACAAAGAUUCGAGAAGACCUUGAGGACCAAGCCCUUUUAGAAGGGGAAAUAAUUUAUGUGGAUGGUUCUUCCAGAUGCCUACAAGGAAAAAGAAUGUCCGGAUAUGCAGUAGUUGAUGGGAAAAACAUGCAAACUAUUGAAAAAGGGAAAUUACCCUCAAACUGGUCAGCUCAAACCUGUGAAUUAUAUGCUCUAAAAAGGGCACUAGAACACUUAGCACAUAAAAAGGGUACAGUUUACACUGACAGCAUGUAUUGCUUCGGAGUAGUACAUACCUUUGGAAAAAUUUGGGAAGAAAGAGGAUUGCUUAAUUCAAGAGGAAAAGGAUUAGUACAUGAAGGGCUCAUUUUAGAGGUCUUAGAAGCAUUAAAAUUACCUGAAGAGAUAGCUGUAGUACAUAUUAGAGGUCACCAAAAGGGAGUAACUCCAGAAGUAAGGGGAAAUAAUUUGGCAGACCAAGAAGCAAAGGACGCAGCAGAGAAUGGAGUGGAAAGAGUAAUGUUAAUAUUAACUACAAACGAGGAGGAAUUGGAAAUUCCAAAAUUCAGUGAAACUGAGGAAAAAGAGUUAAAGGAGAUAGGAGGUGAACAAGAUGAAUCAGGGAAAUGGAAACUUCCUGAUGGAAGGCAAUUACUCAAUAAAAUACUUACUAGAAGGAUAUUAGAAGACAUGCAUCAAAAAACUCACUGGGGUACCCAGGCUUUGUGUGAUCAUUUCUUAAGAAACUAUGGGUGCAUUGGGAUUUAUGGGGUAGCAAAAAGGGUAACUGAAAAAUGUAUAACUUGUCAAAGGAUAAAUAAGAAAGUAAUGAGGAAAACCACCCGGGGAGGUCGGGAAUUAGCCCUUAGACCAUUUCAAAGUAUCCAAGUAGAUUUUACAGAACUUCCUCAAGUUCAGCGAUGGAAAUAUAUAUUAGUAAUAACAGACCAUUUAACUCAUUGGGUGGAGGCAGUUCCCACUGCCAAGGCUACUGCUAAUGUGGUCCUUUUCAGGUAUUGCUGACGACCGAGGCGGCGGUCCGGACCAGAGAACGAGGGUGGAUCCACGCCAGCAGAAUCAAAGGACCUGUGGAAAAGCCUAAGGAGUGGACAAUAUCAUCGGAACCGGGUGAUACGAAAUUAACCCUAAAACGGAAAUGAGAGGUGAUGAACUGGGGAGAUCCGCAUGAUCCAGGAAACAUACACAGGAUCACACCAGACUGGGAAGCUAGACCGAGUUUGCACCAGUGGUUUCAAAUACCACCUGGGAAAACUUUGAGACACCUCCGGUACCCUCCCUGGGGAGGAAUACUUCCACCACAGACAGGAGGAUCGGGAUUGUUUCGGACAGAAAACCCCUGUGUUUUUGCCUUAGCCUGUGAUUUAUAUAAAGAGGAGGGUGAAUUACAACCUCAUACAUUGCCAAGCCAAAUACCCUGUUUGAUUCACCCAAAUACUGGACAUGCUGGUUGGUGUAAAUGUAAGUGUUUGAGCUGUGGGAAAAAUUGGUACUGUAGUUCACACAAACGACGCUCUCGUUGCAUGAAGUGUAGAGUGUCACCUGAGCCCCCUAUCCAAGCAGAACUUGAAGCUACUGAAAUAAUAACUUGGUUGUGUGGUUGGGAAUUAUUAGUGCCUGUUGAAUGGGAGAUUGCUGAGGAAGAGUGGGAGACCACGGUCAAGAAGUGUCAAAAACGAUUUGCCUGGAAAUUAGCUAAGAGAAAGUGACAAUAGAGGAGAGGGCAAGACCAGAUUGGCCUCUGUAAUCGCCACCGAGAAGAUCACAUACACCUGCUGUGGGCUGCAACCCCAUAGGCAUGGGAGGUGGGAGUAUAAGCCAUACUGGACCUCUCCUGGUUCUGUCACUCAUUUUCUGGCUCUUCCCUUUUGGGAUGCCGACCAGGCCAUGCUACAGGUGUUACCAAAAACUGUAUAUGGAAAGACACCGAGGCUCCUUCUUUAUUUCUCACACUCAUAUCAACAGUCACUGUUAUAACCCUUCCAAAUUGGGAAACUGCAUACACAAUGGGAAAAAGUACUGGAUGGCGGAAAAUGUGAGGGGAAGUGAAUGUGCAAAAGGGGAGAAAUGGAUGUGUUUCACCCACAUUACUGGGAGUAAAACAAAGGAUUUGGUAAAGGAGGAAUUGAUAAGCAAAAAAGCUAGGCCUGCACCACCACCAAAGCCUGUACCAAUCUCGCUGGAUGGUUUGUAUAAGAAAUUGGAACAACAACUAGAGAAAGAAAUAGAUAUUUCACGGAUGGGUAAAAAUCUGUUUGUGGAAUUGGGAGAAAGAAUAAGUAAGGAACUCAACGUAACCAAUUGUUGGGUCUGUGGAGGGGCUUUGAUGUCAGAAGAAUGGCCAUGGAAAGGCAGCAGCUUAGGCCCAAUCGAGCUCCUUAAGUGGAACCAAACAAGUAUAAAGGGAGAAAAUCGGCCAGGGGGAUGGAUUUUAAGUUCAGUAGUCAUAGGGGAGGAAUGUCUUUGGCGUGAAGGAAAAAAGUUCCUCCGUGAAGUAGGAAAAACUCCCUGUAAAAGAUACAAGGUUAGUAAUGGAACCUCUGUAUGGUGGAUCCCAGAAGAACCUACCAUGUACUGGACCCAGAAAAAAGAAAAAAACGGAAAUUGUGAAUAUAAUAAUAAAAUCAGGCUUUUUCAAUGUAAUGAUACAGGAAAGAAUCCUUAUGUUGGCAUCCCAGAGAUUUCUAAAUUUUGGGAGAAUAUGGAUGAGCAAAAAUUGGACUAUUGGAAAGCUCCAGACGGUUUGUUCUGGAUAUGUGGGAAAAGGGCGUAUCCAAAACUCCCUCCCAAGUGGAAAGGGAGCUGUACUCUGGGUGUCAUACAACCAGGAUUUUUUCUUUUGCCCGGACCUGAAGGGGAUCACUUAGGGAUACCAGUUUAUGAGGAUCUAAAAAGAAGCAAGAGAGAUGUAAUUGGAGGAUUCCAAAAAUGGGGAGAGGAUGAGUGGCCCCCUGCACGCAUACUGGAAACAUACGGACCAGCCACCUGGGCACAGGACGGGAGUUGGGGAUAUCGAACUCCCAUUUAUAUGUUAAAUCGUAUCAUAAGGCUUCAAGCAGUCGUAGAGAUAAUAACAAACAAAACUGGUAGGGCAAUGGAAUUAAUAUCCAGGCAACAAACUCAAAUCAGAGCCGCUGUGUACCAAAACAGGUUAGCACUGGAUUACCUAUUAGCUGAAGAAGGGGGUGUUUGUGGAAAGUUCAAUACAUCAGAUUGUUGUUUAAAAAUAGAUGAUAAUGGAGAAGCUGUCCUGGAUAUAGUCAAUGAUAUCAGAAAAAUUGCCCAUGUACCAGUCCAGAAGUGGGAAUCCAUGCUAAGUACCAGCUGGUGGGAUAAUGUGCUAGGAAUAGAAUGGUGGAAGAAACUAGGUUUUUUCCUCUUAUGUGCUACAGCUGGUUUAAUAUUCAUCCCUUGUUUGAUCCCUUGUUUUAUCAGAUUAAUCACUAGUGUAGUUCAAGGUAUGCAAUUAGUGACCUUGGAUCAAAAGAUGGAUACAACAAAAACAGUACAAAAGAUUAUGGUAUUAAGGAAACAAAACAGAGUAGAAGACCCCCUCCAGGAAGCCAGACUGAUUUAUGAAGAAAAUGAACAUAGAAGGGAUGCAAGAGAGCAGUAAAUAUCGCUCGAGCCAAUUUUAUUAUAAAAAGAAAGAGGAGGGAUUGUGAAAAAGGCAUAUUGUGUGUGUGGCUCUACGCAGAUAUUUACUAUAUGUAAUAUGCUAGGUAGAAAAGUUAUGCAAUAUUAACAUUUUAAAUAAUAUAGUAAAUGUAGUUUUUAACAUUGAAUCUAAGUAAGAAUUGUGUGUAAGGUAUUGUCCUUAGCUCAAGAGCAAAGAGAAGAUAACCCAGAGGUUUCUACACAGAGAGAACAAUUACAACAAGCCAGACUAAAAACCCCUCUUGGAUGUUUCAGAGGGAAAGAUGCAUAUCUCCUUGAAACCACCCUGACCACUCCAGACCAUGCAUAUCUCCUUGAAACCACCCUGAUCAC